UUCGAGUUCCGUAGCUCUACAUUAGUACAUACAGUAGAUCCUUCGAUAUUUUGCGACUGGAAGCACGUAGAAAACAAAGCGACACAACAUGCCACAAAUAUUCAAUUCGGAUGACAAGCGAAAGCCAAAGAGUUCCAACGGAGGCGGUGGCGACGGAGAGGAGCCCUGGAUGGACAAGUACACCUACUACGUUUGCAUGGUGUGCAUGCAAACGGCCGAGUCGCCGAGGGUGAGCUUCUGCGGCCACCACUUCUGCGCCAAGUGCAUUUGCAACUGGAUCAAGACGCAGGAAUACCGCGCCAAGUGCCCCUACUGCCAGUCCCUGAUCGGCGAGAACACCCUCAUCACCAUACGCAAUACGCACCAUACGAACACGGUGGAGAGCUCCAGUUCAUGCAGAUCCCUUGGCGAGCACCGCCUGAUGCGCAUGCGCAGCGACUACAUCAGCGAACAGAUCAUUCUACCGGAGGCCGUCAUGUUCACACGAGGCCACAUCAAGUAUCCGGCGGAUCCUAUGCCACGGAUCAAGCCCCUGGCGCCCCAGAUGCUCCAGCAGUGGUCGCGUCUUCCCAUUGAGCGCCAGUUCGUCACCCCCUCGCUGCACCAGCGCUUCAUUACCUUCGCCCUCUUUCUGCUCUUGCUUGCCAUGUACCAGCACAUGGCACGUGUACCUGCCUAAGCUCGUUGAUGCUGAUCUCGUAAUUUGCUAACCAGUCAGUUGUUUGAAUUGAGAGACGCCUGUCCGAUUCUGGUGCCUAAUUAUUCCCGUCUGUGAUGCCUCAGUGAGAUGUAGCAGCCAGAAAUCUCCUUUUACCAACACACUCCUUUUGAUUUUUGAGUUCAGUUUGAAAUUCAGUUUUUAUUUGCUAUCUCAACUGGUACCUGCAAUCCAAUUGUGUAAGCUGUGCCACCUCACACGUAAAUAAACUUCUCUUC